AUGGCCAUAUUUGGAAAGAGGAAACGCAAACAAAAUAAUGCAGAGAGAAAGACAGCCAAAAAGAGAUCCAAGGAGAACAUGGAUAAGGCCUCUCUGACUGUGAGUACCAGCAGAUCUCAGAUGUUUGAAGAAGAGUUUGUCUCUCUGAGCUGUGAGGAGGACGACAGCUCUGCUGGAUGGAAGCUGAGGAGGAACACAACCAGAGAAACCAUGAAGGAGUGUGGAGCUGACUGGGGAAGAUUAUCUGAUUCCUCCUGUAUCAUCAGUCUAACAGUCCCCUCAGACAGUGGAGUUUACUGGUGUGAGUCCAGAGAGGGAGCAACCAGUAACAGCACCAACAUCACUGUCACUGGUGGAUCAGUGAUCCUGCAGAGUCCUGUCCUCCCUGUGAUGGAGGGAGAUGAUGUCACUCUGCACUGUAAAACAAAGACCUCCAACCUCCCAGCUGAUUUCUAUAAAGAUGGCUCCCUCAUCAGGACUGAGCCUGCAGGUCACAUGACCAUCCACCAUGUUUUCAAGUCUGAUGAAGGCCUCUACAAGUGUCACAGCAGCAGUCAUGGAGAGUCUCCAUCCAGCUGGAUCUCUGUCACAGAGAAACCCACCACAUCUCUACCUCCAUCAUCAUCCUCUCCUCAUCUCUCUGUACUGUGGUCCAUUCCACCUGUC